GCGGUCACGAAAUCGAAAUCGAAUUCGAAACCGAAAACGAACCCCAAAUCGCAGGCGAAGGCGACGCGGAAGCUGGUGGACGCUGCUUCUCUCGCUUGGCAGUCGGUCGGAGAGGAGUUUGGCGGGCUCGAGGUGAUUGAGGGCGUCGACGUGGUGAGAAAUGGUGGGACUGUGCAGUUUUUACACGAGAAACCAUCGACAGACGCACAAGAUGCCGUCGGCGAACCUUUUGAAGGGUUUGGCGACAGCGCUGUGGAAGGCGAGGAUGUCGAUUCCGGCGAAGCUGGCGCUGCUCAAGGUGGCGUGGAAAGCGAGGGCGGCGAAGAGAAAGCUGCAGGAAAAGACAGCGCCAGCGGCGAGAAGAAGCACAAGAAGCAGAAGCAAAAGAAGCAGCUGGAAACGGCCGACAAAGAGCUACAGAAGCCCGCUCCACGCAAGCAGCAACAGCAGGGCAACACGUUCGACGCCCUCAUGGCCGUGGACGACGCCGCAGAAGAAGCAGACAUGGCUGCCUGGGUGGAGCUGAAUCUGUCGACGCGCGUCGUGUCUGCGAUUGCGAAGCUGGGGUUCUCGAAGCCGACGCUGAUCCAGCAGAAGACGAUACCCGAGAUCCUGGCGGGCGAGGACGUCAUUGGCAAGGCGCAGACGGGUUCCGGAAAGACGCUGGCCUUUGGUAUACCGAUCGUGGAGAAGUGGCUGGAGCUGUACGUCGACAAGGCGAACGCCAAGCGCGAGGGCCCGACGGCGGUCGUUCUCAGCCCGACGCGAGAGCUGGCGAAGCAGCUGUCGGACCACAUCAAGGCGCUCUGCGAUGGACUGCCGACGGCGCCCUACGUCUGCACUGUGACUGGUGGCUUGAGCAUUCAGAAGCAGCAGCGGCAGCUGGAGAAGGCCGACAUUGUCAUUGCGACGCCCGGUCGUUUGUGGGAGGUGCUGGACGGCGACAUGAGCUUGCAGGAUUCCUUCACCAAGAUCAAAUUCUUGGUCGUCGACGAGGCAGACAGGCUGUUCAAGGCAGGGCAAUUCAAGGAGGCGGAAGAUAUCAUUGGAGCUCUGGACCGACGGGACCCCGAGGCUGACGAGGACGACGAGGGCGACGAUCUUCCUCCGCGACAGACGCUCGUUUUCUCGGCCACGUUCGAUAAGAAUCUGCAGUCGAAGCUGGCGGGCAGAGGCAAGGGGCCCAAGGCAGCGGCGGGGAGUGACGAGGAGAAGAUGGAGUACUUGAUGAAGUGUCUCAAGUUCAGGGGCGAGCCCAAGUACAUUGACGUCAAUCCGGUGUCCCAGAUGGCCGAGGGCCUGAAGGAGGGCUUGAUUGAGUGUGGUGCCAUGGAAAAGGAUCUCUACCUCUACACCGUCCUAGUCCUCAACCCCGGCCGUCGCACUCUCGUGUUCACAAACUCCAUCUCCGCCGUCCGCCGCCUCACCCCCCUCCUGCAGAACCUCGGUCUCUCCGCCCUCCCUCUACACUCUCAGAUGAUUCAAAAAGCUCGUCUACGAUCUAUUGAGCGCUUCGCUGCUGCCAAGAACUCCAUCCUUGUCGCAACCGACGUGGCUGCCCGUGGUUUGGAUAUCAAGGAAGUCGACCAGGUGCUGCAUUACCAUGUGCCGCGCUCGGCAGAUACAUAUAUUCACCGAUCCGGUCGAACUGCUCGUGGCGAUCGCUCGGGUGUGAGCGUCAUUCUGUGCUCUCCAGACGAGGUAUUGCCUACGCGCCGUCUGGCGAGCAAAGUACACUCCGAGAGAGAGGGUGGUGGUGGUGGCGUCAAGCGUGAGCACUUCAUUGAGACGCUCUCCAUCGAUCGCAAGAUUGCAUCUCGGCUCAAGACUCGCGUCGAUCUGGCCAAGCGCAUCGCUGAUGCUGUCUUGGCAAAGGAAAAGGGCCACAGCGAAGACACUUGGCUGCGCAACGCCGCCGAGGAGCUCGGAGUCGAGUACGACUCUGAAGAAUUCGACGGCACUGCACCGGGCAACUGGGGCGGUCGGGGGGGUGGCCGCAAAAAGAAGGAGAAGGAGGCUCGCCAGUUGAGCAAGGCCGAGAUGGGAGCGCUGCGGGCGCAGCUGCGUGAGGAGCUGAGUAAAAGGGUCAAUCUCGGUGUGAGUGAGAAGUACAUUACGGGGGGAAGGGUGGAUAUUGGCAGGUUGUUGAGGGAGAAGGAGAAGGGGUCUGUUGGCGGAUUGUUCUUGGGCGGAGAUGGGCUU